UGCAGCUUUGGUAGAAAUUCAAGCUUUCGCUUCAGUAGUCUGUUUACACUUGUGUUUUCUCUUUGCAAGUUAGGAUUGUGGGACUGACAUACCAGUAUACAGUACACAAAUCCCGAUGCAGCUGCUGAGCUGAGCCCCACAUCAGUGCCUCAAAAAACCAGGCAGCGCCGGGCAAAUCAGGUACAGUACAGUACGUCCAUGCAAGUUGUAGCACAAGCUCGUCCGAAUACUGACCAGAUUUGCUUGAUGCCCGCGCGAAGCCCUUGUGGCUCUUGUCCCCUGCCUCUGAAACACCUCUGCCGCCAUGGCAGUUUCAGAGGACUUCUCAUGGCUGUCUGGAGAUCUACACCGGCGCAACCGUGUCUUCAAGAACAACCAGGAAAGGCUGCUCUUCUACCUCACCGAGGAGGUGAACCGCACGCCUUCAGUUUUUGAGCAGGCGCAGAAGAACCGCGAUGCUCAUCAAAAGCGGCUCAAUGAAAUGCUUGAAGAGACAUUGCGCCAAAUCAAGAAAUGCCGGGCUCACAUGCAGCAAAAAAAGAAACAUGUCAUGGACACCACCAAGUCCUACACUGCCAAAUUUCAGCAUGAGCUUUCAGGAGCUGAUCAAGGCAUUCGCCGAGAUUUGCGCGAGGCCUUUGCCAGCAUGAAUGCGGCCGUUGAUGAGCUGAACGAACGCAUGACCUUUGCAGAGGAUGCUUUGGUGCAGCAGAGAGAGGAUCGGAUAAAGCACAUCGAGGCCACGCUGGGCCCCAUCCGUGAUGAGUCGCAGCGACUCUCUGACGCUUUGGCCAUUGAGACGCAGAAGCGGCAGUUGCAGGACCAGCAGCGAGAGAAGCUUCUCCAAGAUGAGGUGCAUGCUUUCAAUGCAUUGCUGGAUGAGGAGAAAUUCGACAGGGAGCAGCAGCUCAUGAGCUAUGAGCGCUGGGCCGAUGCCUCACAACAGCAGGUGGCCAAGAGCCAAUACCAACUGGAAAAGGAGGUGCGGGAGCUCACAAAGGACAUUCGUGCCGACCAUCAAGCUGACUGCCAGAAUCGGGUGGAGGCUCAACACGCUAUCGUGGACAGUAUUGCCUCCUUCAUCCAUAAGUACCGAGAGCAGAUCGAAAGGGAUGUGUCUCUUCAGAAUGUGUACCAGCAGUAUAUCAAGUGAGUGUGGCUUGAUGUGUGCUAUCCAUGACCAGUUACGACGUUGCAAGACGGUGUCUAACCUCCUCACCUUCAGUUUCACGUAGGUUGCGAUCGCCUAGGACGCUUGGCGGUGGAAUUUGCAACGUAUGUGAU